AUGCCCUCCCCGGAAUUGAGCCGCCCCGGGUGGGGGGUGGGGCCGGGCGGCGGGGGCUGGGGACCCGGGCUGCCUGCGCGCUGCGAACUUCCCAACUCGGGCGCGAGGCGCGCCGGCCCGCGGGGGGAGGGAGUCCCGCGGCGGGAUCUGGGGGGAGGGCGUCCCCUACCAGAAAGCAGCCCACCCCCACCCCUAUUAAAAAAAAAUAAGCGAGUGGGGAAGAGCCAGCCCCACGCCGGUCCGCCUCCCGCCCACGGCUCGGCCUCCCUCCCGCCUGGCUCGGCGCUCCUCCGCCCCGAGUUCUCCAUCCCCUGGAUCCCGGGCUCGCGGGGGCGCGGAGAAGAGGAUCCAGGAAAGCCAUCCUUGGCCUCUUCACCUUCACGUCUUCCCUGCUGGAACCCAGCCUGGAAAAAUGGUGGAGGGAACCCCAUGAGAAGGAACAUGGGCAGCCUGGAGAGGCCAAGACCAACCCCAACCCCCAGCUGACAGUGACGAAAUGGGGAUGUCAGACCUGAAGCCACAAGAAACCGGAUUCUAUCAACAACUGUAAAAAUUGGAAGCAGAAUCUUUCCCAAAUCCCCCAGAUAAGAAUCCAGUUGGCUGACACUUUGAUGUUGGCCUUGUGAGACUCUAAGCAGAGUCCA